GUGCCACGGUUGGGAUCACUCGACAAAAAAGCGCAACUUUUUGAUUAUAAGAUUUUUAUUUUUCAUCCAAAAAUUUUUGUUACUUGAAAUUUUGAGGUAAACAACAGCAGACUAUUCUGAAGAGGGCAUAGUAUAAAUAAAUCAAAUCAAAAUACAAAUUGUUUUCCCCGUAAUACCUACAAAUCAAUAUCAAAUAAGAGAGUCGAUCCUUUUUUAGUGUUUUCUUUGUGGUUUAGCAAGCUGGUAACACUGGUUUUCAAUUCCUUUGCAAUUUUUCCGACAGAGUGCGUUAGCAACUAACCUCUGUCUGUGGUCUUUGUGACGUCACGAUAUUGAUUGUGAAAAAAGGAAGGAGAUCGUCUUUUGGAGACGCCAUCUUUAAAUAAAGUGAUAUAAGUUUUUGGUAGCGUAGAAUAUAGUUAAAAUCUAAAGUAAUCUUCGUUAGGAAAUUAGCAUUUGAGCUUAGAUAAUUUAUAUACUGUAAUACCGAGUGUAACGGACCAAGUUGGUGGUUGGUGAGAGGGUAACCUCCUGAUGGUGUGUACAUCGCAGCAUGUCUGCACUCUCGACGCCGGGCGGCGGAGGUACUACGGCGCAGACGAAGCCGACGUCCGGCAAGCAAAAAUAUCAGAAGUUGGACAUCAAUAGCUUGUACUGCGCCAAUAGAAACGAGAACUCUGAACCGUCCUCAGUAAAAUCUCAACUAAGCCGCAAACAUGGAAUGCAAAGUCUUGGAAAAGUACCUUCGGCUAGACGCCCACCAGCCAAUUUGCCCUCUUUGAAAACUGAAACUGGUCAAGACCCAAACACUAACUCUAUUACUGCUGCUACUACUACUGUAUCUACACCAGCAACAUGCUCCUCUCAAAUUAUAACUACAACUUCGAACAGCAGUGUAGUUGCAGGCACAGGACCUGGCGGCUGGGUGGCACUGCCACCUCCUUCAUCACCUCACUUUCGCACAGAAUUCCCAUCAUUAGAAGCAGCGGCACAACCUUCACACCGCUCUUUGGAACAUUCUGGACCCCAGCCACAACUCAGACCACAAACCGAAGGCAGCUGGACGUGCGGUGGCACUGCUGGCGUGCGUCAAGAAUCAUCUCCCGCCGCCGCGCCCGCCUCGACGCCCGCCUCACAGCAGACGCCCGCCUUCCGUGCUAUUCUGCCGUCCUUCCUGAUGAAAGGUAGCAACGGCAGCGGGCUCGGGUUGGGUACGCUGGGCUCGCUCCGCGACCCGCGCGCCGGCGGCGGCGGCCCCUCUCCCGCCGCGCAGCGCCCCGCCCCGCGCCCGCCGCCCCCCGCCACCCCGCGCGCCGUCGAGGUGCUCACCGCCCGGCCUAUACUGCGCGAUGAACAGAUCUCCUCACUGGACGAUAUAUCCCGCGACGCGGGCUGGGCGCAGAACGACGAUAUUGAUUACGAUCAAAAAUUGGAUUUUUCCGAUGGAGAGUCGUCAGCCCCGAAUAAGUCUUCAAAUAAAAAUAAUCGGGUCAGUAUUGAAACUGAACGAGUGGAUGCGAAAAUCCAAGAACCCGGAGAUGAGGAGCAGCUUUGGGCUGAACGCCGCCAGAAACAGAACAAUGAAGUGGCUCAAGCUGUGGCCCGCGCGAAGCAACGUAAGGAGGAGGAACAACGGCGGCAAAUGCGCGAUGCGACGCAACAAUCGAAUAAAGAUCCUCGUGAUAGAUCUGACAGAGGUGACAGAGAUCGCAAUGACAACAGGGAGAACAGAGAAAGAGAGCAGCACGACAACCGAGACAAAGAAAGGGGAGACAAUAGAGAUCGUGUUGACAGGGAAAGAGACCGCAUGGAUAUUAGGGACAAAGACCGUAAUGAUACUCGAGAUAUUAGAGAUAGAGAAGGACGUGAUAAAGAUCGCGAUCGUAUUGAAAAUAGAGAGCGAUUUGAAAGAGAUCGUGAUCGAGAUACGAGGGAUAGAGAUCGUGAUCGCGACCGAGGUCGCAUGGAUAAUAGGGAUCGGCAAGAAAACGAAAAGGAUAGAUUGGACAAUCGCGAUAGAGACCGUAAUGAUAACAGAGAUCGCGGAGAUCGAACAGAUCGUGAUAGAUUUGAUAGAGAAAGGGAACGUGGCGAUAGAGAUCGUGGUGAUAGAGAUCGUGAACGUGACCGCGAACGAGAACGCGAUCGCGAUCGGGACCGAUUAGAUAGAGAUAGAAAUGAUCGUGAUCGUGAUUUCCGAGAGAGAGAUCGUGACUAUGGUCGUGAGCGAGAUCAAUCAAAUCCAGCAUUUUUUAAAACGUUCCAAGCCAAUAUUCCACCUCGAUUUUUAAAGCAGCAACAAAACAGACAACAAGAUGAUCAGCAUAAUAAGGCGUGGGCAUUCUCCGGUAAGCCGGGACCGCGUCGUCAAGAACCGCCGCCUUACAAUGCUCCUCGUCACGCAUCACACAAUGGACGACGUUCAUAUUCAAGAGAUUAUUCUGACCGUGAGGAUGACUUUAGAAGAGAAAAAGAUGGAGCUGGACCGCAAUGGCGUUCGGAAAUGCAAGAUUAUGACAGAACUGGUAGAGACCAUCUAGAAAGGUCGAAUUCUAAGGACUCUUAUGGUGAAUACAAGGAAAAGAAAUCGACAGAUUUACCGAGCGCUAUAGAAAAUUGCAGUAGAACAGCUGCUGAUAAAUUAACAGAGGUAUUUGAAAGAAAGAGUAUAGGAAUUGCCGAAUCUUUUGCUUCUUCCGAUUCGUCUCAAACGCAAGUAUCUGAAAGACGUAACACGCCACCUUCUAUUUCCUCUCAAAGAGAUUCUUCUGAAAGAGAUUUUGCUAAAUCUUCUUGGGCUGAAGUAACUCAAGAAGACUCUAAUAAUUAUACAGUUCUUAAAGGUCCCGUGGAGAACACUGCGCCAAAAGACAUUGAACAACUUGCAACAGAUUCAAUGCAAUCUUCAUUGGAAAAUGAUAAUAAUAAACCGGUUCCACAACCGUUACAACCAUCCCCUGCUCAAUUGCCGCAACAAGCACCAAUACAGAUUAAUAAUAUUACCACACCUCCUUUACAACAAAGUCAAAACCAUAAAUACAACAAUAAUAAUCCACCAACUAAUGCACAAACCAUGCCUCAGAAUUUACAAGCCUCUCAAGUAAACUCAUAUUCCAAUAAUCAGGUGCCUCCUGCUACUUCUAUUGCUCCAUCACAAUCUUCUUUCUCUGAUAAUCAGUCCAUUCCUAAGCCUUCUAACCAAUCUCUCUCUAAACCUACAAACACAAAUGAAAAUCUUCUAUCUUCUCAAACCCAAAAACAACCUGAUAUAGCACCAGUAAUGAACAAACCAAUAUUUAUUUCACAAAAAUCUGAAAAGGAGCUCUCCGAGUCUGAAUCUGUAGCAUCAAAGUCUAGUUCUGAUCCUUCUGCAUUAAGUGGUGCAAAAGCAAAUGAAGCAGUUUCAGUGGAAUCUCUACAUGGUAGUGUGGAUUCUCAAAAGCGAUCUGGUGAUGAUAAACGCAAUGAACGCUUCAGCAAUGAGCAGCUUAAUAAAAUUCCUCCUAAAGAUCCCAUAGAGCGUAAGUCAAGCGGAUCGGGAUCUGAAAAGAAAAGUAGAGGAUAUGGUAGCAGUGGUUAUGCUGUUUAUAAUAGAGGUUGGGGACCAAGAGAAUCUCGUGGGCGACGUUCUCAUCGUAGCUCACGCUCUAACAAUAGGGCAAGUGAAUCUGAUGGCUCUACCGAUGGGGCUCCGAACUCUGAGCGCAAAGAAAGACGUAGGGCCCCAAGGAGUCCCCGAGGGCCUAAGAAAACUGAUAGGUCAGAAGACUCCAACAGAGCUUCUGUUACGGAUCAUCAGCCUCCAGUUACAGAUGGUUUGGAAAAUAGAGAACCAUUUGCACCACGAGGGCAGCCCUCCCGACGUGGAAGAGGUGGUUUCCAAGGUGCAGCUAGACCUCCAGCACCAGCUAAAAGGGUUACCGGUUAUGGUCCCCCAAACACCAAAAGUCCUUUCAGUCAAGCUAAUAGAGUAAAGGAUGAAGAAGUUAAUAAAGAUGGAACGCAGCCAGACGAAAAAGUAAAGACAAACAAACCGCGAACAGGCUCUUCCACAGGUAGGGGUCGUGAUCGCCGACCGAAAGGUGCAGGUGGACCCCUCAGUGGUGAAGAUGAAAAUUGGGAGACUACAUCAGAACAUUCCGAAGGGGGAGGCAAUACUGGUCGCCACCGAUCUGUAGGGGGUAGGCAGCAGGGACAAUCUCAAAAAUCUCUAGGAGGACGAAACCAGAAUUCAGGCAACCGUCAAAACAACGGUCGCAACGCUCCGAAUAAUAAGAAGGAUAAUGCAGGUGAUAGCAAAACUAUUGAACUUACAGAGGCUAUGAUUGAUCUGAAGUUAUCAUCUGCUGUUAAAAAAGACGGAGAAGACGUUAUCGAUGAUGGAUUUCAGGAAGUACGUAAUAAAAAGAAUUCUAAGGAUAUACGAGGGUUACAAACUAAAGAGGAUAUUCAACAAAUGCCAAAGCAACCCAGAUCCCACUCUAACCAAGGCGGCGGUAGAAAUGGAUCAUCUUCAAGAAAUUCUAGCGAUAAAUCAAACCCUCGAGGAGCGCCAUCUUCUGGGAAAUCAACUUCACAAUAUGAACGUCCUCGCCAAGCUAACUUAGCGCCACGGUUUGUCAAACAAAGACAAAAGCAAAUGAGCUUAGUGACCGCGUUCGGUCCUGAUACAGGUGCGGCACCUCCUCCGCCACCUGUAAAUGCUUGGGACAAACCUAUCUCGCAAACAUUGCGUGGGAAUGUAGAAGAGCCUUCAGAACCUAUUGAAAACAAAUCUGCACAGUCGAGUCAACGCAGUACUCCUGCAGAAGCUUUACCUGAAGUAAAACCAGCACCACAAACUGCCGUAACAUGUGCUAUAACUACUGAGAAAACUGGCGUUCUGGACGGGACCACGCCUCCUGUGGAAACUAUUAUAUUCGAGAAUACAAACUAUAAGACUGCUCCACCUGCCGAGGCCUUAAAACAAAAAUAUCAAUCCAGCGCUAACAUUGCCAAACCUCAAGCAGAGGAAAUACCUGCUGAAAUGGAAUCUCGUACCUUACCCUUCAAUGGCGACGUUCGCCCUCGUCCAAGGUCUAUACAGGAACUCAUAGGCGAUAACGGUAGACCUACUGGCGACAGCGAUGGCUCUUUAGGUAUACAGAUGUCCUUUGACACAACUCAGAAACCUGAAGAUUCGUCUGACAUGAAACUUGAUUUCGCCUUCGAUUCUGAUCUCGGCCAACUUACUGAAGAUAAAACACCUAAAACACUUGGCUUACCGCGUGGUGUGCAUAUGAGUACGUCAAAUACUAUUUCACCUCUCGCGGCUGAUCUCAAUUUGAAAAUCGCCAGUGUUAAGAAAGUUUGGGAAAUGUCUGCAGUUGCUGAAGGAACUGAAGAGUUACAGUUUGCCAGUUUUGAAGAAAAUAAUACGGAGACCGGCGCGCCGCCGAACGUUUGUAAAGUGAAGCCAACACAGCAGCUACAGUCACCGCCGCCUCAACAUUACAAUCAUGUAGGCUAUCAAGGAGGGUACGGGGGUCUAUCUGUACCAUCGCCUCCUGCGGUUUUGUUUAACUCAUCACAGCAGCUAUUAGGUUCAUCACAACAAUUGCCCCAACAAGGCGGGCUAUAUGGUGCUUUCCUUGACCAGAGUCGAGGACAGUUUGGUGGAUUCCCUGGCACUCCUUAUGGCGCGGGUUCUGCUGCCCCAUACAAUUAUCAACCUCCACCUGACAUGUUUUCAAGCCUACCGAGUCAGUACAGAAUGGCGGCAGCAGCAGCUGCAGCUGGUGGUGGCGCAGCUUUUGGUCAAUCGGGACAAAUCGCAAACAGUCCUAGCACUGUCCUUAUUUCUAGUACCUCCAACUCACUGAUGUCAGCUACCGUCAAACCUUCUACUCAACAAAUUGGAGCUAUAGGAAGCAAAGGCGGCGGUGUGGGCGGCGUCGGAGGUGUUGGCGGCGUGAAUACAUACCAGCAGCAGUACUUGGGUUACUCGGGCCCCGUCGGCGAAGCGCCGUACUCGCUACCCGGGCUGCUGCCCCGCCCCGCGCCCCCCGCCUCUUCGUACUACUCGCCAUACCAGCCGCCGAACGGGCCCGCGCCCAACUAUCCGCUACAGUUCACGCAGCCGGCACAAUCGGGGGCGUUCGGGUCGCAGUUUUUGUCUUCGCAGCUGCAGGUGGCAGCCGCCGUCCAGCAGAUGCAGAAACGAUAUCAACACGUACAGCAGCAGCAGUACCGCACGCCGAUGCAGCAGCAGUACGCGCCGCCGCAGCCGCGUCCGCCGCCACCGCAGCAGCAACUCAAGAGUCCUCUUCACGAGCACGCGAACGGUUUCGCGCCUCUAUGCGACUCCGCCUCGCCGACGCCGAAGGGCGUGAAGCCGCAGAAGCCGCCGCACUCGCCGCCCCAGCACAAGUAUCACGCGCACCCGCCGCCGCCGCACACCCCGCAUCAGCACCACCAGCACCAGCCCCACCAGCAGCAGUAAUCCGUUUGAUUCCAGCAGAUGGUUGGUCCUGGGAACAACGGGCGGUGCGGCGGGCAGCAGGGGGGCGGCAUGCGCGGCAACAUGGUGGCGCCCCGCUACCCGGCGCCCAUACAGCGACCGCACGCGCCCGCGGUACCCCUCUACCGCGGCCCCCAGCAGGCCCCCGCGCCCCCGCGACCACACCACGCGCCCAGGCACAACCUGUACUAUCAUCACCAGCAACGUAAUGGAAGCGGAGGUGGAGAGCGCGCGCCCGAUGUGGGCGAAGUGCCGGCCGCGGUGGACGAGCCCGCCGAGCCCUCGCCCGCGGCCGACGCCCCGCCCGCCGCCGAAGUGAAGGCCGAGUGAGCGCCGCGCCUACGCUCGACACUUGCACCAAUCUCGAACUCAUUCACGAGUCCGCCGACGUCGCCGACUUUAGGUUUUUCGGUAUUUUAAUUAAGUCGUAAAUUAUGGAAGUGAUUUUAAGAUUAUUUAAGGUGCGCACGUCGCGUGCCACGGAAACUCCGCCUCCGGCCCGGCGGCCCGGCGCCCUGUUUGUAUAUAAAUAUAUUGAUUGGACGGACAUCUGGCUGUCUAUUUGACUGUUACAUUUAAGUAUAUGAACGCGAACGGUCGGAGUAUCGCGAGGACUACAUGUCCGACUGACAGAUGCUGCCUAGAGACCUCUCAUUAGUGAAUAUGUAGCGACGGUUUUUUGCAGAACGAAUGUCGAUGCAAUAUAAAUGAAUAAUAAAUGUAAUUCGGAGUGAUAGCUUACCGCUCGACGUUGAUCGGCUAGCGCACGUUUGAACUCCAUGUAUCAUAAUCAAUUAUUAUAUGCGAAUAAAAAUAUUAUGACCGAUCUUUGCUUAUUUUUCACACCCCAAUCAUAUCCUUAUCUACAUCAGUCUACAAGCUGGAGCUGUAGU